GACGAGGUCAGGACUGGUACAUACCAUCAGCUUUUUCAUCCUGAACAACUCAUGAUCAGCAGCAAAGAGGAUGCAGCUAACCAUUUCGCCCGUGGACAUUACACUAUUGGUGGAGGUACUGGAUAUGGUCUUGGAUCUCUGCUCCUUGAGUGUCUCUCUGUGGACUAUGGAAAGAAAUCCAAAUUGGGUUUCGCUGUGUACCCUUCACCUCAGGUUUCAAUAUAUGUUGUUGAGCCAUACAACAGUGUUCUUUCCACCCACUCACUCCUGGAACACACUGAUGUCUCCAUCCUUCUCGACAAUGAAGCCAUCUAUGACAUAUGCAGACGUUCCCUCAGCAUUGAGAGGCCUACCUACACUAACCUUAACCGUCUUGUCAUCUCUUCCAUGACCGCGUCUCUGAGGUUUGAUGGUGCUUUGAACGUGGAUGUCACUGAGUUCCAGAUCAACUUGGUUCCAUACCCGAGAAUUCACUUCAUGCUUUCCUCCUACGCUCCUGUCAUCUCUGCUGAGAAAGCCUUCCAUGAGCAACUCUCUGUUGCUGAGAUUACCAACAGUGCAUUUGAGCCUGCUUCUAUGAUGGCUAAGUGUGACCCUCGUCAUGGUGAGUACAUGGCUUGUUGUCUGAUGUACAGAGGUGAUGUUGUCCCUAAGGACUGUGGUAUCAACUACCAGCCACCAACUGUUGUUCCCGGUGGUGAUCUAGCCAAGGUUCAGAGAGCUGUGUGCAUGAUCUCUAACUCAACAAGUGUUGCUGAAGUCUUCUCUCGCAUUGACCACAAGUUUGACCUGAUGUAUGCUAAGCGUGCUUUUGUGCACUGGUACGUUGGUGAGGGUAUGGAGGAAGGAGAGUUCUCUGAAGCUCGAGAGGAUCUUGCUGCUUUGGAGAAAGACUACGAGGAGGUUGGUGCUGAGGAAGGUGAUGAUGAAGAUGAUGAAGGUGAGGAGUACUAAGUGUUGGGCUUGUUGUCGUGUGGAUUGUUAAAGGCUUGAAACUCUCUUGUACCAAGUCUUAAGUUGCCUAUCCGUCUGUUUUCUUUUGCCAUUCUUGGUGUUUGAACUUUGUGGUAUCAAUCUAUCGUUGCUCUCCUAUUCUUUUUACUUUUUUGUCAAAUCUUAAGAGCUGUUUUGGAGAACAUUCAUUUCACACUAAUGAAUUAUGUCUAAGAUA